UUUGGUCCCUAACCGCAAAAUUGCAAAAACAUCAAAAAAGUGACAGUGAAUUGUUGUUUGUGGUUAUUAUUUUUUGUUUCUGGUCUAAAUCGCCAUAAGUAUAGUUCGCAGUGAAAUUAAAUAUUAUUUUAUCAUACAUUUUGUUAAUUAUAGCUCAAGUUUUAAUUAAAUAUACAUACAUAUAUGCAUAUAAAUGUAUGAAAGUAAAAUGAAUGACUUGGUUUUGGUUUUCGAUUUGUCACAGCAUACAACUUUUCUCGAAAUCAAAUCUUGGAUACAGGAGCUACAUCGUACCGUCCAGGUACCUAUGGUACUUACACUUGGCUUAUCUGGGAACACAACCAGCUAACGUAAACGGAACAGAGCUUUUCCGAUGUCAACUAUUGUGUUAUUUGUGGAUGUUUAUUUGUCUUGAAUGAUAAAGAAAUUAACAAUCAAUUGACCGGAAGCGACAUGGCAUCUAAAAUGGAUUUCGAUGUAAAACUGAUAGACAUGGUUCGAGCAAAUCCACUGCUUUAUGAGAAGGAAGUUCGUAGCUCGCCGUAUGAUCUCAUGAAAAGGAAAAAUGAACUUUGGCGUAGUAUAGCUUCCUCUCUAGAAGUUGAAACCAAGUACUGUGUAAUUCGAUGGAAAAACCUUAGAGACAAAUUUCGUCGCGAGCUGCAGAGAUCAAUAGAGAUGGAGCGCAAAGCAGGCGGCGCCAAAAGCGCCAGGGGAUCUACUUGGCAUUUAAUGGGAAAAAUGAGUUUUCUUGAAAGCCAUAUUAGGCUACACAACUCACACAGCACAAAGAGUCCAGCAAACAACUCACGUUUCACGUGGACUGAAAUGGACGCAGAACAGCUUAUUGAGCAAGUUAUAAAUGAAGAUGAUCCUUUGCAAGAAGCUAUGGAAGAGCAAACCACCACUGUUGAUACAAAAACCUCGGACAAUGCAGUGAACACUCCAACACCUACAACUUCGUUUAUGAAACGUAUCGAAACUUUGCUCGAGGGUUUAGAUGCUGCUAAUCGCAACAAGGCUGAAAAGCGCAUUGUAGCGUAUCUUUGCAAAUGCCAACUGAAAUCGUUGGAUAAUGAGAAUAUUGAUGAUAUUGUAAUAUAGAUGUGUAUAUGUACGUAAUUUAUUUUAUGGCAUUUCCUUUUUGUACUCAGUAUCUCAAUUUAUACACACAAUCAUGUAUAAAACGAAUAGUAGACAUAAUUUGUAUGUUUAAGAAAAAAUGAUGUACACAAAAUUUAAGUUUUAGUGAACAUUAAUAUUACGUGUUUUUAGUAAUAAGCUUCAAGAAAUUAUUAUUUUAUUAUUGCCUCACUAUAUUGAAAAAAAAUAAGAAUACUAAUUGCCAAUUUUUUUCCCCAUUCUGGUAUUUAUGUCCGCAGCUUGUGAACAGACGCUUCUAUCGCGUCGCAUUCGUGCCCGUUCUUCUCUAACUUUCAAGCUCAAGCAUCAUUAUCGAUUUUUUCGGAUAUGAAUCACACUCGGAUUUGUUAUUUCCACCCUUCAAAGAAUGCUGAUUGCUUUGGAGCGGGGAAAUUUAUUAGCAAAUAAUCGCCUAGUCUGAACAUCAGGCAUAUUUAUGUAUGUAUGUAUGUAUGUAUGGGUGAAUACAAACU